AGCAAAUUUGGGUUUGCAAGCACUGCAGCUCUUCAAGUCUUUGAUGGCACAGACACCAAUGUGGAAGAGGACAUCUUCCAAGAACUGAUUGAAGCCAAUCCACAUUUAUGUUUAACUGUUAAAUGUCUGGAAGAAGUUUCUGCUGGCCUGCCAGAGGUGAAUUCACCAACAAGAUCCUCGACCCCCAGCACAUGCACUGAUAUUCCUUCAGUUUCUUCAACUGACCAUGAUGAGGCAGACAGAGUGGACAGGCAUUUUCUACGGGAUAGCAGUAGAGGGACCUUGAAUGCUGAAAAGACAAAACGGAUUCUCCAAGGUGCCCUGGAAAACCAAUCUGGUGGUGAGGAAGUCUUUGAAGAAUACCAGGCAACUAAAACUUUGAAGAACAGGACCAGACGCCAACUUGUCAAUAUUGUUGUCAGUCACAUGACCGAGACUUACGGGAGGAUCCCCACCCGCAAACAGCAUGAGACUUAUGCUUUAAGAAUCGUUACUUUCUUUCCUUCUUUGAGAGACCCAUUUUCAGCAAAGGGCUAUGAACAUUUCUACGAUCCAGAGAAGGGGACGGGGUUUAUCUCUUGGUGCCUUAAAACUUUGUCAAGGAAGAACCCAAAACUUGCUUUCUCUGAGAUUUCUGAAACAGGAGGACCACGUCGCCGUAGAAGAGUAGACGAUGGAGAACAGCUUGAAGGAGAUGCAUGCAGGGAGGCAAUUACUUUCCUUGUCCACACAGCCGAUGAAGCUGAAGUUAUGCAAAAGAUGAGGGAAACCUUUAAGCAUAGACAAGAACUUGUACACAACCCCAGAAGAUCAGCUGAAGUGCUUAAGGUGUUCCCAAGAUUUUUGGAUGUGAAAGCAUUGGUAAAUCAAGACUUUGGUCUGCUUUUCGACGCUGAUACAUCCAAUAGGUUGCUUGAGAGGUGGGAGACGGCUUUCAAGCCUAAGAUCAUCAGUGAAGCGAAAUGUCUUACUUCAACAGCAGAAAUUCAGUGUCUGCUCAAUUCAGCAGUGGGACACGGAUCUGAAAAUGAUUGGGACAGUGAUAUGUCUUCUGUCCUGCUGCUGUUGCAUCUUCUGCCACCUUCUCCUGGGAGGAAGAGGACUAGGAUCAGUCUAACAGAGGCUAUUGAAAGACUUGUGCAUUUUCAUAAGUCUUGCACCAGUAUUGAAGGCCUUCUCAAUGGAAGAGAAGGCCACCAGCCAUACCUACUUGGAUCAGGAAGGAUGAAGGGCAGAAUUGACAAAUUCUACAUGGUUGUGGACAAGCAGCUCGUCCCUUGCGCAGGAACCAGCUCUUUGAGUGCUGUAGAUGAACUCUUCAAAGUCAACUAUGUGUUCAACUUGUCAUAUGAGGAAGCCCUUGUCAACAUCUUCACCUUCUUGCAGACUACAGUCUACAACAUCGAUGUUGGUAUUACCGCGCGGAGUUGGAAACACUUGGAAUAUGCCUGGGAAAACCAAGUACAACCUCGUUGAUGAUGGACAUGAUUUGAGGAUCCCGCUGCACAACGAGGAAGCAUUCCAGCAUGGGAUCAACUUCGAGGCGAAGUACAUCGGCAGCCUCGAUGUGGCGCGGCCGAGCAGCCGGGC